GUCUCCACCCUCUCGCAGGUGGCUGGUGUCCCGCGAUGGCCGCAGACGCCCUCCUGCCGUGCCCGCGCCGGUGCCCCAUGUCCCAGCUGGACUUCCUCAAGGCGUCGCACUUCUCGUUGGGGCCCGACCUGCGGCUUCACGAGGGCACCAUGCUCACCACGACGCACCGGGACUUCGCCUACCCGGGUACCACCCGGGAGCCGCCGAGCCUGCAGCCGCCACCCGCGCUGCUCUUCCAGUUGGACCAGCGCUGGGACCAGGAAGAGCGCGUGUCAGAGGCGCGCCGCGCGUUCCCGCCUCCGUCCACGCCGCCGUGGGAGCUGCAGCGGGCGCAGGCGCGGGAACGCACGCUCGCCAUGCAGGCCAGCAACCUGCACCUGCGCGAGGACGCGCACGCCGGGAUCGGCCUCUCCAGCGCGCGCGCCGCCUACGACUGGCCCGAGCUGCCGGCGCGCGCCGGAGAGCAGAUCCGCGGCGCUCGCCUCAUCUUCGACCGCGACUCCCUGCCGACCGGCGACCGCGACAAGCUGCGCAUCCCGCCCACCACGCACCAGGCGCUCUUUCCACCCCACGACGCGCGCCCGCAGCCCCGAGCGCCCAGUUGCCACCUCGGGGGCCCCAACACCCUCAAGUGGGACUACAAGAGACAAGAUGGGACUUCCUACCAGAGACAGUUCCAGGCCCUGCCAGGCCCACCUGCCUUGAUGUGUAAGAGGGCCUCCUCCAGAGUACAGCUAGGAGACUGCAAGAUGAGCUAUGGAUCAACGUGUUCAGAGCAGAAACAGGCCUACAGGCCCCAGGGUCUGCCUGAAGAUAGGUAUGACAAGACCCAGGCCGCAGCCCACAUCCACUAUGUAAGUAUCCGUCCUGGAGAUGGCCUCUUCCACGACAGGACCACCAAGACCGAGCACUUCUAUGCCCGGGAGCCAGAGCCUUUUGUUCUUCACCACGAUCAGACUCCGGAGUCGCACAUCCUGAAAGGAAAUUGGUGCCCCGGCCCUGGCAGUCUGGACACCUUCAUGCAGUACUUCUAUGGCCAGCCGCCACCCCCGACCCAGCCACCCAGCCGCCACGUGCCUCACGAGAAACUGCAGAGUCACGUGACGCUAGGGGAGCCAAAGCUGCUCAGAUGCUUCUUCAAGACCACCAUGGGCUCGCACUACUGCCCCUCAGAGUGGAGGCAGGUGAAGAAAGCACCCAACCUCCACUUGCAGCAGAGCAACCUGCCGCAGGGCACUGGCGGUGAGCGCUCGUGGGAAGCCCCCCACCUUAUGGAGCCCGCCCCGCCUCUGGAAGCCACGACCCCCAGAAGCUCCGCCCCAGGAAGCCCAGUCCUGGAAGCUUCUCACCUGCCACUGCUCUGGCCCCGCCUCUAACGAGCCCCACCUAACCCUGGCGUCAACUCCUGCAAGGCUAAAUCCCACUUCCAAUUGACCAGAACCCCAACUCCGCCCCUGAAUAAUCCCGCCCCUUCGUGGCCAUGCCCCGCCCCUUCAUAACUCCACCCUAUGGCCAUAGCCCCGCCCCUUCCCCAUCCUUUCUCGCCCAUUCUUAACCCCGCCUCCGUUGUCAGACUCUGGCUCCGCCCCUGACUGGCCAGCCAGCCCUGCCUAG